AUGAAGUUCCAGGAGUUCUUCUUCCUUCUCUUUCUUGCCAAUCUGCCCACAGCCAGAGGGAGCCCGACUGGGAGCCAAGCCCAGGAUAUCCAAGUGCAGGAGAAUUUCGACCCCGAACGGGUAUAUGGGAAAUGGUAUGACAUUGCCACUGGCACAACAUGCAAAUGGAUGAAGCAAUACAAGGAUAAAUUCAACAUGGGCACGCUGGUGCUGGGACCAGGGCUGACCAGUAAUCAGAUCAGCACCACUAGCACCAGACUCAGGCAAGGUGUCUGCACGCAGGUUUCUGGAGAGUACCAAAAAACCGACAUACCUGGAAAAUACACCUACUAUAACCCCAGCUGGGACGUGACCAUCGACUCCUAUGUGGUGCACACCAACUAUGAGGAAUACUCCAUCAUUCUAAUGCAGAAGAAAAGUAGCUUUGGACUGACCAUUACAGCCAAACUCUAUGGUAGGAGCCCGGAGCUGCGAGAAGGCCUUAUUGUGGAUUUCAGGCAGUUUGCUCAGGAGAUGGGGAUUCCUGAGGACUCCAUCUUCAUCAUGAUUAACAAAGGUGAAUGUGUUCCUAGCGAGACCCAACCUGAACCCAAGAGGGAUCGGAGAGCUGUCCUGCCCGAGCAAGAGGGCUCAGGUGCAGGUCCCCUGCCCCCACUCAGCAGCAAAAAGGAAGAUUUCUGCCGGCUGAAUAAAGAUGUGGGCCCCUGCAUGGGGAUGAACGUUCGGUUCUUCUACAACUCCUCUUCUAUGGCCUGCGAGACCUUCCACUAUGGUGGCUGUCUUGGGAACGGGAACAACUUCCCUUCGGAAAAGGAGUGUCUUCAGACCUGCAGAACUGAGGCGGCCUGCAGGUUACCCAUAGUUCCAGGGCCCUGUCAGCAACCAGUGAUGCUCUGGGCCUUUGAUGCAACCCAGGGCAAGUGCACUACCUUCAACUAUGGAGGCUGCCAGGGCAACGGGAACAAGUUCUACACGGAGAAGGAGUGCAAGGAAUACUGCGGGGUCCCGGCAGACGGAGAGGAGGAGUUUCUGGGUUUGUCCAACUGA